AUGGCAAACAACGCACCUCUUAGAGAUAUUCCACCGUGGGAGGAGGUUGAUGACAAUGUAGAGGAAGAGGUACCUCUAGUACCUCAAGGACAAAGGAGAGGCCGACAGGCCAAUGAUAAUAAUAUUCUAGACCCUCCCCCGCUACCUCCAAGAGCUGUACCUCGAGUGCUUCCAAACCAGAGCUAUGCCAGUGCAAUUGUCCCGCCCCGGAUCUGGGCGGAUCUGAAACUGGGUGAUGGAGCUCAAUCAGUGAAAGAAGAAACAACAGCAGCAAAUACAGAUUCUUCUUCUUCUUCGUCUUUUCAGAAUUUUCAAAGCUUUUGCAACCCAGAUUUUCAAAGCUUUCACGGAUUCAACAAUCAACCAUCAACGAUGGUUAAAUCAAGAGGAGGUGGUGACAAACAGAAAGGUAGAGCAGAGUCCUCCCGGGGUAGGGGACGAGGCAUGAUCAAAUUGACCCCAACAGUUUGUAAAGCAAUUGGGGAAACUAGAAAACUAAUCAAGGCUGCGAAUAGAGCUGCUUCCCAUUCUGAGGGAAGUGAGUACUUGCCCUCCCGGGAGGCAUCUGAGUCUGAUUCAGUGCCGGAGUAUGUACCUGACUUCCCGGAGAGGCUUCGUUUGAGAGAUUCACCUACACCUCCAGGCUCUCCUACUGCUCGUGCUUCAGUUCAGGUUCCAUCUGAGUCGUCUGAGGGCUCAGCAGAGAGCAGUGACAGUGCAGCCUCUACUUCACCUACAACUUCGUCACCCGGUGAGGAUCCCAUUGAUGAAGAAGAAGGGGGAGAACCCCAGCCCGGGGGUGUGGAGAGAACUAGAAACCCCGAGGUGUGGAAAAGGAGGUUUGUCAGUGAGCUAGCUUACCACAAGUUCCGGGAAUGGUGGCCUCUGAGGUCACUUAUUAUUGAGCGCCAGUUCAUACAGAGGGAUCUCCUACCUCACAACCCUAAUGUGAAGAGGCAAUUCAGAGAACGACCGGGGUAG